AUGGCGGCUCUUUCAAACAAAACACCUGAUUUCACGACGAGCGACUAUGUCAAGUUCUUUGGAGCGGGUGCCCUCGCCGCGACGCUGACACAUGGUGCGGCAACACCUAUCGAUGUCGUCAAGACCCGCAUACAAGUUGACGAUGCCAUGAAGGGUCUCAACAUGGUCCAGGCCGCCCGCCGCAUUGCAGCUGGCGAGGGUGCAGCUGCUCUGCUGACGGGAUUUGGUCCCACUGCUGUUGGCUACCUGAUCCAGGGUGGAGGAAAGUUCUUCGGAUAUGAGUAUUUCAAGAAGCGUUACAUCGAUCUCGCCGGUGGGCUUGACCAUGCUACCAACCACCGCACGGCCAUCUACCUGGGCUCCAGUGCCAGUGCAGAAUUCUUCGCCGAUAUUGCUCUGUGUCCCCUCGAAGCAACACGCAUUCGCCUCGUGUCGCAACGUGGCUUUGCCACCGGCCUUGCCUCAGGCUUCAUUCGCCUCGCUCGCGAAGAGGGUCUACGUGGCUUCUAUUCCGGCUUCGUUCCGCUACUGUUCAAGCAGGUUCCGUACGCCAUCGGCCAGUUCUCUGUGCACGAAGCCGCCAAUGAGGGCAUCUAUCGUGCAAUGGGAGCGGAGCGCAAGGCCCGGUUAACUCAUUUGCAGUCCACUGGUGUCGAGUUGACGUCUGGUGUCAUUGCCGGUGUGGCUGCAGCGGUACUGUCACAUCCAGCUGAUACUCUCCUUUCCGCCAUGAACAAGGGUGCUGGCGAUCCCAAACAAGGUGUUCUCAGCCGCAUGUUCACUCUUGCCGGUGAAUUUGGACCCAAGCGCCUAUUGCUCACUGGGCUAGGGCCGCGUGUCUUUAUGACGUGCGGCCUGGUGGCGGGACAGUUUGUCAUUUAUGCACAAUGCAAGGCGCUGGUGGGCGCACCGCCAAGCAUUGAGAUUCACAAAGAAGAGAAGCUGGGAAAAUAG